AGUCAAUGUCGGCGAUAUUUAGCCUAUACUCAUUAUUUGAGGACAAAGAAAGCAGCAAUCACUAUUCAAUGUGCCUGUAGAAGAGAAGUGGCAGACAGAGAGCUACGAAAACUUAAAAUGGCUGCUAAGGAAACUGGUGCUCUGCAAGCUGCCAAAAUUCAGCUUGAAAAUCAAGUUGAAGAACUGACCUGCCAGCUGCAGCUUGAGAAACGCAUGAGGGCUGACAUUGAGGAAGCCAAAACAAAGGAAAAUGAGAAACUGCAGUCUGCUUUGCGAGAGAUGCAACUGCAAUUCCAAGAAUCUAAAGAAAUGGUUAUUAAGGAACAUGGGGCUGCAAAUAAAGCUGUUGAGAAAACACCUGUCAUGCAGGAAGCCCCUGGUGUUGAGCGAAUUCCUGUCAUGCAGGAAUCCCUAGUUAAUGAGCAAAUUCCUGUCAUGCAGGAAGUCCCAGUUAUCGAGCUCAUUCCUGCCAUGCAGGAAAUGCCAGCUAGUGGUCAUGAAAUUAUUAAUAAACUGACCAAUGAAAAUGAAAAGCUUAAGGCUCUAGUAAGUUCACUAGAAAAGAAAUAUGAAGAAACAAUUAAAGAGAGUGAAGAGCGGUUGAAGCAGGCUUUGGAGGCAGAGUCAAAGAUAAUUCAGUUGAAAACUGAGAUGCAAAGACUUCAAGAAAAACUUUCUGACAUUGAGGCUGGGGACCAAAUGCAAGAUCAAGCUUCUAUGAACUUACCUUCUACAAAUAUGUCUGGACGUUUAAAUAUUACAACAACUAAGGCUGUGGAAAAUGAUGAUGAUGAACUGAAAAGCGCAACAGCUGCUGAGAAGUUUCGUGCAGAAUCAAUGAGAAAAUCCAUGGUUGAAAGGCAGAAUGAGAAUAUAGAUACUCUUAUCAAAUGUACGAGUCAAGAUCUUGGGUUCAGCAAUGCAAAACCAGUUGCAGCUUUUACUAUAUAUAAAUGCCUUCUUGGCUGGAAAUCUUUCGAAGCAGAAAAAACUAGUGUAUUUGAUCGUCUUAUCCAGAUGAUUGGCUCUGCCAUAGAGAACCAGGAUAACAAUGAGCAUAUGACUUACUGGCUAUCAAAUACAUCUAUGUUGUUGUUCUUGCUUCAAAGGACUCUGAAAGCUAGUAGUGGGACUCCUGGGAAACCACCUACUCCAACAUCUUUCUUUGAGAGGAUGACCCAAGGAUUUCGAUCGUCCCCUUCUUCUGCCCAGCUUUCUUUCCAUGGGCUUGAUGUGCCCCUUGUUGAGGCCAAAUAUCCAGCUUUGCUUUUUAAGCAGCAGCUUACUGCUUAUGUGGAGACAAUAUAUGCAAUAAUUCGAGAUAAUGUAAAGAAGGAGUUGUCACCACUCCUUUCUUCCUGUAUCCAGGCAGCAAGAACAUCAGAAGGAAAUGCUAUACUAUCUUCUGGUCAAUCUUUCAGCAGUAGUCCUUCAGCUAGUCACUGGCAGAGCAUCCUUGAGAACCUAAAUGGGCUCCUCAGUAUACUAAGAGAAAAUUUUGUACUUUCAGUUCUGUGUCAGACGAUGUUUACUCAGAUUUUUUCUUAUAUUAACGAACAGCUCUUUAAUAGCCUUCUCCUUCAUCGGGAGUGUUGCACAUUCAGCAAUGGGGAAUAUGUGAAAGCAGGCUUAGAUGAAUUAGAACUCUGGUGUGGCCAGGAAAAAGAAGAGUAUGUAGGCUCAUCCUGGGAUGAACUGAAGCAUAUAAGGCAGGCAGUUGGAUUCUUGGUUAUAUAUCAGAAAUCACGAAUUUCCUAUGAUGAGAUUGCAAAUGAUCUCUGCCCUAUUCUGAAUAUACAACAGCUUUAUAGAGUUUGCACGCUUUACUGGGAUGAAGACUAUAAUACUCGAGGUGUAUCCCCAGAUGUUAUUUCCGGCAUGAAGGAACUACUGCCAGAAGAGUUUAAUGACGCAGAUACCAACUCCUUCUUGUUAGAUGACAAUUCGAGCAUUCCCUUCUCAGUUGAUGACAUUAGCUGUUCUGUCAAAGAGAAGGAUUUCUCAGAUGUAAAACUUGCUGAAGAACUUAUUGAAAAUCCAGCCUUCCAAUUUUUACAGGAAUAAGGCUGUCGUUUUUUGAUUCUUUUCUUAUUAUGGUGCCCUGCAGUUCGACAAAGAUGAAAUGGAAAGAGCAAAUUCCUCCAAUUAAACACCACAAUGUACAUUUGCCACAAUUUUUUUCUUUGUUUUCUUCAUUCUUCUUCUUCUUCUACUUCAAUUUUUUUUUUCUUGUAAAAUCCAUUGCCCAGAUGUUAAAAGAAAAUGUUCUUGUUACAUUUGUAACAUUCAUAGGCUUUAUAGAAUUUUAAUUACAAGGGGUAGGAUGGAUCUCACCUAUAUGUGUCUCUCUUUUGCUUGGUGUCCCACCCUUCCCCAAUCGUUUAAACCUUUUAGAGGGUUCAUUUAGGCCAUCAUAUUCCUUUUAGUGAUGCAAGAGAGAAGCGUACUUUAUAAAUGGUGUGGUUUGGAGCUUCUUAUCCAUCCCUAAUCUUCAAGUUGUACAGAAGUAACAUUUCUCACCUAUACUUUAUUCUGUUAAUGUUUUGCUCUCUCUACCCUUGAAGAGCCUCUGGUUCAACUGUACAUUGAUGUUACUAAGACUUCAUUUGUGUUUUCUUCAUUGAAGAUUGAAUCUUAUCACCUUUCUUGACAUCCUUCACAUGCUUUACAUCAUUGAGGAUGUUUCAGUUUAAUCAAGGCUUGUAAAGGGCAUAGCACUGUGUAUGUACUAGUGGAUUCUCAAUUUGGAUUUUGAUAAAGUAUGAUUUGAU